AUGUCUUUAUUAAAUUGGUUAACCAAAACAAACGUGAACCCAAUCGACGAUUCAUUGGUUUCUACUCAAGCAAUAAUAAAAGCAUCAUCUAAUGAAGCUGAGACAGUGAGUACAGAAUUUAAUUGUAAUACUAAUAAUAGUUCAAACAAUUCUAAUGAAAGUGGCGAUAAAAAUGAUAAUGAUUAUCCAAGUAUCUGGACAAAUGAAAUGUUUUUAUCAUUUCUUAAUAAAUAUCCUUGGAUAAUGGUAAAAGACCAAAAAUUGGGUUGUAAUAUAUGCGUGCAGGUUCAAAACCUUGCCACAUAUAAAACACAAGGUAUUAGAUUUGCUAUUGAAUGGACAGAGUGUAGUGUACAUACUUAUGGAGCUAGUGAUAAAGAUAAAAGACAAUCCUUAAGAAAAAAAAUCCAUAAGCAUAAAAUUAGUGAAUGUCAUAAAAGAUGUGAACAAAUUUUAAAAGCACAAGAAGAAAAUAUUUUGCCAAAAGCUGUGUCAAGGGGGAUUUCUGGUAAAUUUGAGAGUACAAUAAGAGUGUUUAAUACUGUAUACAGUAUUGUUAAAAAAACAAGACCAUUUACUGAUUUACCAUUUGAUAUUCAACUUCAAAAGUUAAAUGGAUUGGAUAUGGGUCGCAUUUUACACAGCGAUCAUGCUUUAUUAAUUGAUGAAGCUACAUCAGUGUCGAAAAAGACUUGUUUGGUUGUUUGUAUUAGGGCUUCCACAGAUGUCAAAAAUGAAACAGACCCAAUAACAUUUUUCUUAGAUUUAAUAGAAUUAGAAAAUACAAAAUCUGAGACUAUAGUUUUGCAACUUUUAUCAAGUCUAAACAAACACAAAUUUUCUCAUGAAUACUUAAUACAAAAUUUUAUUUGCUUUGCUUGUGAUGGAGCUUCUAAUAUGAUUGGUCGAAAAGCUGGUGUGGGAAAACUUUUAACUGACAAAUAUCCAGAUUUAUUGGUCUGGCAUUGCUCUAAUCACAGACUUGAACUUGCUGUUGAUGAUGUAGUUAACGAGGUAGCUGGCAUAAAUCAUUUCAAAAUAUUUUUUGAUACUCUCUAUGCAUUAUAUAGUUCAUCACCAAAAAACCAGUAUGGUUUAAAAAGUUGUUCCAAAGAAUUAGAUUUACAAUUUCUUUCAAUUGGUCGCAUUUUAAAUACAAGAUGGGUAGCUUCAAGUUUGAGGUCAGUUAAAGCUGUUUGGAGAAACUAUGAAGCACUUUAUUUACAUUUUAACAAAUGUAGUUUGGAUAGCUCGAGAACAUCUAAAGAAAAAGCAACCUUUAAAGGUUUAAAACAUAAAAUAACAUCAACUGAUUUUGUUUUAAAUUUAGGUCUUCUAUAUGAUGCUCUAACAGAACUAUCAGAUCUUUCUUUAGAACUUCAAAAACGGUGUACAAAACUACCUGAUGCUCAUAACUUAAUUAGAAGACAAAUUCUGAUUUUUGAAUCUAUGUCUGAGAAGUGUAAUGAUGGUUUUUAUAAAGAAGCUGAGAAUUCUGAAUCUGAUAAUUUAAAAUCUAGAAUGUUAAACUUUACAUCAUCACACGUAUCUUCAUCAUCUGACACAUCAAAUAAGUAUGCUGAGUUUAUUCAACUGCUAGAAGUUUUAAACCCACAAAAAUGGCCGUUAGAAGUGGAUAUAUUAUAUGGAGAGAGAGCAAUUAAGCAGCUUUCAAACAUAUUUAAAAUAAAUGAAAGAGAGUCAGUUAGAGGUUUUCGUGAGUAUAUAGAUAAUAAAUCUGUUAUUCCAGACAACCUUAAACCUCUAACACAAGCUGUGAAUACAUUGGUAGUUUCUACUGCUGAAUGUGAGAGGCUCUUUAGUGCCAUGAACAUUGUUCAUAAUGAUACUCGAAAUACAUUAGAAGUUUCACGUGUAUCUGAUCUUUUGUGGAUUAAAUGCGUUGGUCCACCUUUAUGUGAAUUUUAUGCAAAUACAUAUGUGGAGUCUUGGGUUUCUAAAGGUAGAAGAUGUGCUGACCAUACACAAUGCAUUUCAAAGCAAGAAAUAAGAUAUAACACAGAAUACAAUAGUCUUUGGGAGCAAUUAAAGUAA